AAUGCAUGGUGUUCUAAAAGUUCGCACAACUGCUGAACAACAAGAAGCUAAAAGAAUAGAAAGAGAAAAGAAGCUGAAGAAAUUAGACUCUAUUAAAGCGAAAAUCUUUGAGAAAAAAAAAAACAACGAAUUUGAUGAAGAAAUUCUGGAAUUAACCGGUGGUAUAUUAUCUUCUAUUCCUGAUUUUCUAACUCUAUGGAACUAUAGAAGGAAAGCUAUUGAAAAAAUCGAGGAUAAGAUCGAAUUACAAAAGCUAUGCGAAAAUGAGCUGCGUUUUGCUAAAAGUUGCCUUCAAGUCAAUCCAAAAUCGUAUGGUUCAUGGCAUCAUUUAUGCUUUGUUAUGAAAUAUAUGCCUAAUCCAGAUUGGAAAAAGGAGCUUGAUCUUUGUAGUCUAUACUUAGAAUAUGAUGAAAGAAAUUUUCAUUGUUGGGAUUAUAGAAGGUUUGUUGUAAAAAAUGGUUGCGUAUCUGCUGAUGACGAAAUAGAAUUUACCAGUAACAAAAUUGCAUCGAAUUUUUCAAAUUAUUCAUCAUGGCAGUACCGAAGUCGUUUACUGCCUGAAAAAUAUCCUGAUCCCAGUCAAAGUAGAGGAAUUCAAUCUGAUAUCCUAAUGUCAGAAUUAGAUUUAGUUCAAAAUGCUUUUUUUACUGAUCCAAACGACCAAAGUGCAUGGUUUUAUUAUCGUUGGCUGUUAACACCAGAUUCACCAACUUUAAAAUUGAAUUUUCUUCAAUCAUACAAACAAGGCGAUAAUCUAGUAAUAAUUGUUAUAUUUUCGAAACCAGUUAAUAAAAAUAAAUUAUCACUUAAAAAUAAUGACGAACUAAUCAAUACGAACUGGAUAAAUAUUAGUCAAGAUGACAUUUUCAUUAUUCAUAAAUGCCAAGUAAAUGAUAUUUGUAUGGGGAAUUUAUCGCUAUACGUUGAUGAUCAAUUACAAUUUUCUACAAUUGAUGUUGAAAAAACAAGAAACGAUGGCUUUAUCUUUAGCGAGUUUACAACGGGAAGAAUUGAAUUAAGUGUUGAUAUCUUAAAAAGUCAACUUGAAAAUAUUCAACAACUACACGAUAUGGAAGAAGAUAAUAAAUGGGUGUUAAUAACGUUAAUAUUUUUACUUAUGAAAAUUGAUCAAUUUAAUAACUACUCGGAAUUGGUGAAUGAAUAUUUAGAAAAGUUGUUAAGAUUGGAUCCAUCAAGAAAACGUUACUAUCAGGAUUUACGUAGUAAAAUAAUAUUAGAAUUUUAUAUGAAGAAUUAUGACAUUACUGAUGUUAACUUAUCUAAUAAAGAGUUAACUAGUACAAAAUGUAAUCCUAUUUCUUCAUUUCUUCUUGCUAAGAAUAUCGAUUUAUCGAAUAAUAAGUUAACUUCUAUCGAUAAUUCACAUUUUUGGCAAAAUGCUGAAAAAAUUAAUCUAAGUGGAAAUCAGUUGACCAAUGUUACUGGAAUUGAGCAUGUUCUGAAAUUGUCUCAGCUCGAUAUAUCGAACAAUAAUAUUAAGGAUAUUGAUGAGUUGCAGAAUUUGAAAUUAUGCUCAAAUCUCUCAGUCGUUAACUUGAAUGGAAAUCCAAUUCAACAAGUAGAUAAUUGGCAAGAAUUGCUUAAAAAUAUUAGUUCAACAAUUAAAUUUAUUUAA